CAUAAGUUUCAUUUCAAUGGCCCGGACCCAAGAGUUGAAUGGUUUAGAGGAUUGCCCUAAGCCCUUGAGCUGGGAUAUUAAAAGACCAAAUUACCCCAAGUAUAUAUUCAAGAUCUCUCUACUGUUCACCUUUCCUCUCCCUGCCCUUCUCCUAGAGAGAGAAGCUCCGAGAUUUGUAAGAAAGAGAACGGAAGAGAUGCUGCCCCAUCAAUGGGCUCAACCUUGUGGCGGUCAUUGCACCCACAAAUACGCAGCUCUUACUCAGAUUCCAUGGCGAGUGUUCUGCAAGAAGGGAUGUGAUGCCGAUGGAGAAACAUGGGAAGAAUGUUUGGAAGAGUGUAAUGAAAUAUGUUAUAAGGACCCUGUAUUGAAGGAUCAGCAGUGGAGUGCUUACAUUGACCGGUCUCCUGGAGCUGCUAGUUAUUCUGAGGAGUGCUUCCAUGCCUGUGUAUCUGGCUGUGGUUACAAGCUUGAAAUUGAACAAGAUAAAGUUGAUCAGGCACGUCCAAACAGGCCAUGCAAGCCUCCUCCUCCUUUGAAGCCAGCCCCUGUUCAGAAGCCUCCUCCACUAACUACUAAGCCUGGUGAACCUACUGAAGACAUACCUUGCACUUCUGCAUAAAACAGAGAGAGAGAUGGAAAUUAAAAAAUUAAAAAAAAAAAAAAGAAAAGAAAAAUAGUUAGAGAAAAGAACAUUCUGGCAAGAAGAUGGACACCCUUUUGUUAGCUGUAUAGUCAUGGAACAUUCUGAUUGCUGCUUGUUUCCAGAUAUGGAUAUCUACAGUCUUAGGCCCUUUUCUGUCACUGCUAUCUUAUGUUUUAUCCGCGUUUUGUCCCUCAUUUGGGUUCCUGAAUUUUCAUGGCAGUUGACAUCUGUUUUUCCAGAUUUUAUAGCAUAACCUUGGACAAUUGAAUUGUAAAGUCAAUCCCUUACUAUUUUUGGUUGAUGACACAUACCAACACAGAUGGCUUCAGAAGUAGCAUAGUUCAAAAUGUGUUCUCUGACUUUGAGAAGAAACUGUACCAUGAUUCUGUUCAUUUUGAUGAAACAGGCAAAAAAUUUUCAUGGUGGGUGGGUUUAGCACUGUAUGUUUGAGAAUUAUUUAAUAACCAGUUAUGCAACUGCUUAAUGUUUUUGUUUUA